AUGACCAUUUCGGUCGGGCCAGUUAACGUCUUGACCGAAACCGUUUGCGUCGAAUCACUGACAGACGGUGAAUCGAUCAAAACCGGGUCCUGCGUCAAAGCGGCAGACGGCUGGAACCCGAUAUCGAAUGCAUCACCCGCAAAAGCCGUCUGCGCCGCGAUGUUCGGCAUUGAACUGCUAUCAAAGGAAACAUUUGGUUUUUUAUGUAAUUUGAUUGGCGAAGAAUUACGUAAUUCUCGUAGAAGUUUCGCGAUUUCUCCAGAAAUUCAAAUUUUAGUAACAUUACGUUAUUACGCAACAGGAGCAUUUCAAGCUGUCAUUGGAGACCAUGUGCACGUACAUAAAUCGACCAUUUGUAGAACAAUAAAACGUGUAUCACAAGCGAUUUGUCGUCUUCGAUCUCAGUUCAUUGAUUUUCCGAGAAAUGCCGAACAGAAGAACAUGAUUCAAACAGGAUUCUUCCAAUUACGUGGCUUUCCUAGGGUUAUUGGUGCCGUGGAUUGUACACACGUUAAAAUCCAGUCACCAAACGCCAACAUAGGAGAACGAUUUAGAAAUCGAAAAGGAUGGCCUGGUUCAGUCCACGAUAGCACAAUAUUUGAUAAUAGCAUGAUAAGGGCUCAAUUUGAAAAUAAUGAAUUUGGAAAUUGCUUUUUAUUGGGAGAUGGUGGAUAUCCUUGUCGUGACUAUCUAAUGACUCCUCUCCUUAAUCCUUAUACCGAGCCAGAGAAACGAUAUCAGCGAGCCCAUAUUGGCACAAGAAACGUUGUGGAAAGGAUGUUCGGUGUAUGGAAACGAAGAUUUCCUGUGUUGGCAUUAGGUAUACGUAUACAGCUGAACACAGCCAUGAUGACAAUCGUUGCUACUGCUGUUUUGUAUAAUUUUUAA